UUUUGAGUUCGAGAGACGCCAUCGGACUUGAAAUCCACAAUUCGCCGGAAUUUGGAAACUGGUUUUGCUUCCGAACUCUAGGGUUCUUGUCUGAAGCCACAAGAAACUUGCAGAAUUUUCGUCCGCGGGCAGGCUACUUUAGUUUGAGAUUCUCAUCGUUUGCUUUAUGAAGUUGAAUUCGGAACCUGCGAUUCUGGGUUUCGAAGAGCUGUGGGAGUUCAAUUUGGAAUCUAGAGGGUUGGGUUUUUUUGGGAGAUUUUUGUUGUGAUGUUUACGCCUCAGAAGUUGUGGUCUCUAACACCCAAGAGGGGGACAUGGUCGGGUCCCAAUUCUGGUGAUGGAACUGCUUCUAAGGGGAAGAGUGUUGCUUUCCUUGAAGCCAAGACGCCGGCUUCUGGUUCUGUUCGUGAAAAUGGGAGCGACGUAUUAGUGGGAUCCGGUGGAGCAGCCAUGGAUCGGGAAGUUUUGGUUGAGAGAAUUUCCAGUCUUGAAAAGGAGCUUUAUGAUUAUCAAUUCAAUAUGGGUCUUCUGCUGAUUGAAAAGAAAGAGUGGACCACCAAAUUGAAAGAGCUAAGCCAGGAUUUACAGGAAGUGAGGGAUGCUCUUGAACAAGAAAAGUCGGCUCAUUUAAUUGCCAUAUCUGAAGCUGAGAAACGAGAAGAUAAUCUUAGGAAGGCCUUGGGUGUAGAGAAAGAGUGUGUACUUGAUCUUGAGAAAUCUUUACGAGAAAUGCGUGCUGAACAUGGAGAAAUCAAAUUCAUUGCGGACUCAAAGUUGGCUGAGGCAAAUGCUUUGGUAGCUAGCAUUGAAGAUAAAUCUUUGGAAGUGGAGGCCAGGUUACGUGCUGCUGAUGCCAAGCAUGCAGAAAUGAACAGGAAGAGUUUGGAGAUGGAUAGAAAAUCAAAAGACUUGGAGGCCCAAGAAUCUGCACUUAGAAGAGAGCGCUUAUCAUUUAUUGCAGAGAAAGAAUUGCAUGAGAGUACUAUAUCUAAGCAGAGGGAGGACUUACGAGAAUGGGAAAAGAAACUGCAGGAAGGAGAGGAAAGGCUAGCCAAGAGUCAAAGAAUUCUCAAUGAAAGGGAGCAGAGGUCAAAUGAGACUGACAGAAUAUUGAGGCAGAAAGAGAAGGAACUUGAAGACACACAGAAGAAUAUUGAAGCAUCCAAUGUGGCUUUGAGAAGCAAAGAAGAUGACAUAAACAGCAGGCUUGCAAAUAUAAAUCUAAAAGAGAAGGAGUAUGAUGCAAUGAGAAUGAACUUGGACCUGAAAGAGAAGGAGCUAUCUGUGUGGGAAGAAAAGCUCAACGAUAGAGAAAAAGUUGAGAUUCAAAAGCUUCUUGAGGAACACAAUGCUACGCUGGAUUUGAAAAAGCGAGAGUUUGAUGUGGAAUUGGACGAAAAAAGAAAAUCCUUUGAAGCUGGAUUACAGAAUAGAAUGAUGGAACUGGAUAAGAAAGAAGUUGAAAUCAGCCACAUGGAGGAGAAAGUUGCAAAGCGUGAACAAGCAUUGGAAAAGAAAACAGAGAAGCUUAGGGAAAAAGAGAAAGAGUAUGAAUUGAAAUUGAAAGGUUUGAAGGAAAGGGAGAAGUCUAUUAAGUCGGAUGAGAAGAAUUUGGAGAAAGAGAAAGGGCAGCUAGAGUGUGAGAGGGAGAGAUUGCUCAGUAUGAAGACUGAAGUUGAGAAGAUACGGGCUGGCAAUGAAGAAGAGCUUCAAAGGAUACAUGAAGAGACCAAUCGUCUUAAAGUGACUGAGGAGGAAAGGUCAGAUUAUGGGCGCUUGCAGUCAGAAUUAAAACAGGAAAUUGAUCAGUACAGGCUUCAGAAAGAACUGCUUCUGAAAGAAGCUGAUGAUUUGAGGCAGCAAAAGGAGACUUUUGAAAGAGAUUGGGAUGAGCUGGACCUGAAGAAAGCAGACAUAGAGAAGGAAUUGAAAAUUUUGCUAAACAAAAAGGAAGAAAUAUCUAAACUGCAACAAAUUGAAGAAGAAAAGUUGAAGAAUGAGAAGCAGGCAACUGAUGAAUACAUACAAAGGGAGUUGGAAGCUCUUAAGUUGGCCAAAGAGUCAUUUGCUAUUCAAAUGGAGACGGAGAAGUCUGACUUGGCUGAAAAAUCCCGAAGUGAGAGGAACCAAAUGCUUCUGGAUUUUGAGCUGCGGAAAAAAGAACUUGAAGCUGAUAUGCAGAAUCAGUUAGAGCAGAAAGAAAACGUUUUUCUAGAGAGGAAGAAAUUAUUUGAGGAAGAAAGGGAGCGGGAAUUAAGUAAUAUUAACUAUUUGAGGGAAGUAGCCCAUAGAGAGAUGGAGGAAAUGAAACUUCAAAGGAGUAAAGUAGAAAAGGAAAAACAAGAAGCUGCUGAGAAUAAAAAGCAUAUGGAAAAGCAGCAGUUGGAAAUGCGAGAGGACAUAGAUGUGCUUGUAGAACUUAACAGCAAGCUGAAAAGUCAGCGGGAGCAAUUUGUAGAGGAGAGACGACGUUUUGUUAAUUUUGUUGAGAAACUCAGGAGUUGCCUGAAUUGUGGUGAAAUGGUCUGUGAGUUUGUGUUGUCUGAUUUACGAUCCUUAGCUGAAAUUGAAAACAUAGAGGUGCCUUCACUUCCAAAAUUGGCUGAUGACAUUGUGCAAGGUAGUCCUGAUGGAAAUCUGGUCUCACAACAAAAUACUGGGGUGGCCGAGUCAAAAUCUCCUAUCUCUGGCGGAACAAUAUCAUGGCUGCGUAAAUGCACCUCUAAGAUAUUCAAAAUCUCCCCAGUUGGAAAGAUCGAGUCUGAAGAUGCCCAUCCUUCAAAAGAGGUGGCAACAUUGUCUGUUGAGAAAGGUAGAAUUGAGGAAUCAUCAGGGGGUAUUCCUGGACCUGACAAUGAAGAAGAGUUAUCAUUUGCCAUUGUAAGUGAUUCUUUUGGUGUUCAGAAGACCCAUCCUCACAAUGACCUUGCAGAGGCUGAAGCUGAAAAAGAUUUAUCCGUUGACAAUCAGAGCAAUAUUGACAGCAAGGCACCAGAGGCUCCAGAAGACUCCCAGCUUUCUGAUUCAAAGGGUGGUCAGCAGAAAGUUCGCAAAAGAGGAAGGCCCAGAAUAAAGCGUAAUAAAUCUGUGAUAGCUGUUGUCAAAGAUGCUAAGAACAUACUUGGAGAAUCCUUGAAUGAUGACGAGACUGAAUAUCCAAACGGAACUGCUGAGGAUUCUGCCACUAUGAAUAAUGAGGCACAAAGACCAUCCAGUAGAAGGCCGACAAAUUUGAGGAAACGAAACCAUGUUCAAACAUCUCAAAUGACGGGGAGUAAAACUGCUGGUGAUGUCAAUGAGGGACAUUCUGAUAGUGAAGUACAAGGGCAACCCAAAAGGAGGAGGCAGAAGGCUGCUCCUCCUGCACGUGAGCCAAGAUAUAAUUUGAGACGGCCCAAAGUUGGAGCAGCAGCCACAUCUAGCCGAGCCUUGUCUGGAGGUGGUAGCAAAGAAAGUGAGGGAGAGGUUGAUCGUGUAAAAGAAACAGAAGAUGCAAUUUUUCACUCUAAAACUUCUUCAGCCUCAAUGGGUGUUACUAAUGAGAAUAGUGGGCGCAUACUACUUGUGCAGUCCGAGAAAAUUGUGGAGAUCCAGGACACCUAUGGCGAAACGACACGGAAUGAAGCCACCAAUACAGCCUUGAGUGAGGAGGUGAAUGGGACACCAGAUGAUGCGGGGGAUCAUGAUGCCCAGUAUAGAAGCGAAGAAUCCCAUGGCGAAGAUGCUGGUGGAGCAGACAAUGAAGAAGAUGAUGGAGACAUUGAACAUCCUGGUCAAGCUUCUAUAGGGAAGAAGCUCUGGAAUUUUUUCACAACGUAAUUCUUUGCUCCUUCUUCCCUUAUAAUGCAGCUACGGCUUAGGGUCUUGACCUCAUCAACCCUUUAGGCAUAAUGUCAUUGGUAGUCUGAUGGGUAGUAGCUUGUAUUAACUGUUAAGAAGCAUAAAUGUAAGCUGUAACCACGUAAGUACCUAGGACUCGGGGGGUGAUUGGAUUUUUUUUUUUUUUGGGUGCUCAUUUUAUUUGGGGUCAAGGAUAUUGAGGCCCUGAUGUACUUUUGACAGUCUUAGGCAUUGAAUAGUAGUAGUUUUCAAUGUUAGAGUGGAAAUUCAGCUCCCUCCUCCAUUGAAAAAUUGAUUGUUGUAUCAAAAUGUUUAGAAUAUUUUCUCUGAAAUGUGAGUUGAUGUUAAGUGCUUUACCGUUA